UGGCCGAAAAGAGCAUUUUAGUUCGUUUACGGGCAUUGGACCCGUUUGGUUCAGGCUUGAAAUUAUGUAGAUUUGAAAUUUGAGGGGCAGAAUUAUACCCAAAUUACCGGAUUAUUCUUGUUGACGGCGGGAGGAGGCAGCGGUGGGUGCAAAUCAGGGCGAUGACAAAGCACAUAACACGACUCUGGGGCCCGACCGCACGACCGGAGCAUCACCUGUGCUCGCUGACUUGGCGUCCACAACAUGGCCGAUUGCGUCUGAGCACCCGGGCGUGAAUUUCGUCCUACAGCGGCUCCUUCGGGAGCGACGCGGAGGAUGAGGAUGUCGCAGAAGAAAAUGUUGCUGGCCUUCAGCGCCGUCACGACGGUGACUCUGCUGAUGCGCUGCGGCGGCCGUUGGAGCCGGACCGCAGACCGUCUUCGGUCCGAGUGCCCCGCCCUUCGCCCCCAUCCCGCCGCGGGUCCGAAGGCCAAGCACACCAACGUGGCCUUCCUGAAAACCCACAAGACCGCCAGCAGCACCGUGCAGAACCUUCUGUUCCGCUUUGCCGAGCGCAACAACCUGACGGUGGCGCUGCCCACGCAGGCGUGCGGCCACCAGUUCUGCUACCCGAGACCCUUCGACGGGCACUUCGUACACCCGCACACGCUGCCGCCCAACGUCAUCAGCAACCACAUGCGCUACAACGCCGCCGAGCUGCGCCGCCUCAUGCCCAACGACACGCGCUACGUCACCAUCCUGAGGGAGCCCGCUGCCAUGUUUGAGUCCCUGUUCAGUUACUACAACCAGCACUGUAAAACCUUCAAGAGAGUCCCCAAGGGCUCGCUGGACGCCUUCUUGGAGCGGCCUUGGCGCUACUAUCGCCCGCAAGACCAGGGCUCCAUGUACGCCCGCAACACGCUGACCUUUGACCUCGGGGGCGACAAGGACCGCCCCGCGACGGACGCGGCGUACGCGCGCUCCUUCGCAGCCGAGGUGGAGCGAGUCUUCUCCUUGGUGAUGAUCGCCGAGCACUUUGACGAGUCGCUGGUUCUCCUGCGUCACAUCCUCUCCUGGGACCUGGACGACGUGGUCUACGUGAAGCUCAACAUGCGCGCGCCCGCUUCCAAGCGCCGCCUGACCCCGGGCCUCGCGGGGAAAAUCCGCACGUGGAAUUGGAUAGACGCGCACCUCUACGAUCACUUCAACGCUUCGCUGUGGCGCCGGCUGGCGGCUCUGGGUUCGGCCUGCGUGGACCGGGAGGUCCGCCUGCUGCGUGUCGCCAAAGAGAGGCUGCUGCGCGGCUGCUUCGGCGGCCAGCGGCCUCUUCUCCGAUUAGCGGGGCAGAUCCAGAACAAGGACCUGCGGCCCUGGCAGCCCAGCGCCAAAGUCGGCAUCAUGGGCUACGACCUCCCCGCCAAUCUGAGCAGCGGGUUCUCGAGCUCCGCAAGAGAACUCUGCCUGAAGCUCGUCAUGGCCGAGGUCCAGUACACGAGGAUUCUGCUGCGCUCACAAUCCGUUCGGUACCACCGGCCACGACUCUCGCUGCGCUCGCGCCCGGUUCCGGAUGCUUCUACAGGCCCGACCACCGCGUCAGGACUAAGAUCUCUGUACAACCGGGCCUCGUAACGCAGGGGUUCUCAAACUUUGAAGGUCCGGGUACCGCUUGCGGGAUCCGCUUGAUUCGUGUCGGUUAGAUUGACCCAAAGCGUAAAGGAAUAAUGAAUUGAUUGUGUUUCUUUUUUUAUUACACACACAUUAUCGCACACCCCUCACAUUUUUGGAAUUUUUUAAAAUAUCUUUUAAUGGGACAACAUUGAAGUGAAAUGACGCUUUGCUACAAUGCGGUCAGCGUAAAGCGUCCAUAACCGUAAAUAUACAGCCAUUCAUGAAUAAACCGCAGGCAACAAAAGUGAGGCCACCCCCUAGGAGAAAAUGUCCAAAUUGGGCCCAAAGUGUCAAUAUUUGGAUUGGGCAAUGUUUUCCGGCACAUUCACGGGACAGGGAAUUGUCGUUUUGUCAGUGUUGUCCCAUGAAAUUAUUAUUAUUAUUUUUUUUUAAAUUACAAAAUUCUGAGGGGUGGACUCACUUUGUGAGAUACUGUACACACAUAUAUAUAUACACACACAUAUUGUAAAUUCAUAAAACAAAGUCUAUUUUUGAUGGGGGAAAGCACACAAACACGUUUCGAAACUGUGAACAUUUCAUUUCGUUGAAUGGAUGAGACUUAACGUGAAGUCGAUCUUUGUAUGUUGUCGCCAACGGCCGCUUUAUUUCUCAGGUU